CUGAGCCGGGCGGGCGGAUCCCCGAGGGCUGCAGGCGAGCCCGCUCCUUGUUUCCUCUCCCGCCCCAACGUGGCCCCGGGAUGUCGGGCUAGUGAGGCUGGGGCGAGGAGCUGCAGCAUGAGAGGCAAUGGGAGUGGGCUGAACGCCUCCCACCCGCCUGCGGAGCUCAGCCUGGACCGGCCCGCCUGGGUGGCUUCCACUUUGGCCGCCAUCCUCAUCUUCACCAUCGUGGUGGACGUCCUGGGCAACCUGCUGGUGAUCCUGUCCGUGUACAGGAACAAGAAGCUGCGGAACGCUGGAAAUAUAUUUGUUGUAAGCUUGGCCAUUGCAGACUUGGUAGUGGCGAUCUACCCAUACCCACUGGUCCUGACAUCUGUAUUUCAUAAUGGAUGGAAUCUGGGCUACUUCCACUGCCAAAUUAGUGGUUUCCUGAUGGGCCUAAGUGUUAUUGGAUCAAUAUUCAACAUUACAGGCAUUGCUAUUAAUCGAUAUUGCUACAUCUGCCACAGCCUCAAGUAUGACAAGCUGUAUAGUGACAAGAAUGCUCUGUGCUAUGUCAUUCUCAUCUGGAUCCUGACAUUUGUUGCUAUUGUUCCCAAUCUGUUUGUUGGCUCUCUACAAUAUGAUCCACGGAUCUACUCGUGCACAUUUGCACAAUCUGUGAGCUCACCGUAUACAAUAGCAGUGGUGUUUUUUCAUUUCAUGCUUCCCAUAGCCAUAGUUACUUUCUGUUACUUGAGAAUAUGGAUCCUUGUUAUUCAGGUAAGGCGAAGGGUUAAACCUGACAACAAGCCCAGGCUGAAGCCACAUGACUUUAGGAACUUUGUCACCAUGUUUGUGGUAUUUGUACUGUUUGCGAUCUGCUGGGCUCCUUUGAACUUCAUAGGCCUGGCUGUGGCUGUUGACCCAGACACAAUAAUCCCCAGGAUUCCAGAGUGGUUGUUUGUAUCCAGUUACUACAUGGCAUAUUUCAACAGCUGCCUUAAUGCCAUCAUAUAUGGACUCCUGAACCAGAAUUUCAGAAGAGAAUACAAGAGAAUUAUUGUCACAAUUUGUACAGCAAAGGUUUUCUUUCAGGAUAGUUCUAACGAUGCAGCAGAUAGGAUGAAAACCAAACCCUCACCACUGAUUACGAACAACAAUCAAGUGAAGGUAGACUCUGUGUGAAAAUGGGGCCCUCGCCAUUGCCGAUCUACAA